AUGUCAUUUAUCAACCCAUUGAUUAAUGGUAUGUGCAGUCAAAACCAAGAGCAACUUCGAACUCUUUUUAAUGAUGCUUGCAAUAUAGAAUGGAGGCGAGGCAGUUUGCAGAGGCGGAUAAGGUUUCGUAGAAACGAAAAGAAACGAGUUCGCCUAUUGAAAGAGAUCGAUCAGUGUAAUGAAAACCUACGGAGAACUUGGACCCAAGUCGACGCAGCCACACCGAAUUCGCAGGCUGUCUUCACAGUGCAUUACUCAAGUGUUGGCAAUGCCAAUGUUGCGCCGCCCAUGAUACACUUCUUCGAAUCGAAAAACAGGCAGACGCGAAUAAUUAAGAAGGCAAAAGACACAGUUCGAUUCGACCUAUUGUUUGUGUCAAACGAUGCAACAAGUGCUGCUGGCGAUUCUUCGGCAUGGAAACAAAUGCAAGUUGUGGUGGUUCCAAAGAGUACACAAUCCUCCGCGGUGCUUUGGAGUCCCCUAGACCCCAAUACUGGACCCAUCUUACCUAAUGUAUCAGGGCCUCCCGCCAGUGGAAGUUCUUCUGCUAUGAUGACAAGUACACCAAGAGGUCCAGCAUCAAUCUUUAACUUGGAUUCAAGUGAGGAGAUUGAUUAUCAGAAUCUGAAAGCCAUCAACACUAUUUGCGAGGUGUCAAACAGCCCACAGAUCAUCCAUGAAUGUUUCGGAUUCGUAGUAGAUGAAUCCUUCCCAUCCAGAAUUCUUAAUCUUGGCGACCUACUCAAAAAUAUCUCUGGGCCUACUUUAUUCGUCGUUCCCACGAGUAGCACGACACUCUUCAAACUUGAGAGAAUCACACUAGCUGUGAACUUAGCCUCAUCACUACUUCAGCUCCAUGCCACUCCUUGGUUCAAUGAGCGAUGGAAUAAAAGCGAAAUUCUGUUCUUGUCUGACAGAAGCAAUCCAAGCAUUCGCCCUGUGGAUAUAGAACGUCCGCUGCUUGCUCAUAAGUUCUUUUCUAGCGAACACUGGUUUGCGGAACCUAUCGAAUCUCGUCGAUUCUCCAGCGAUCUGGUUAACGGUGUUCCAAAUUCAAGCACUGAUGUCAUUGUGGCUGAGAGAUGGGUGAAAGAGAAUGGAAAUUUGGAAAAUAUGCCUGCAGGAUAUUAUCAAGCCGUCAGUAGCUGCGUAUUCUGUUUUUUUUCAACCUAUGCCUAUAAAUAA